AUGGCCUCAAAAAACAUUGCCGUGCUUAAUGCUCUCGACACUGCACGAACCCAAAGGUACCAUAUCACAGCCAUUGUGAUUGCUGGGAUGGGCUUCUUCACUGAUGCUUACGAUCUCUUUUGCAUCUCCACCGUCUCCAAACUCUUAGGUCGUCUUUAUUAUUACGAUCCAUCGACAACUAAGCCUGGCAAACUUCCUCAUACAAUUAACAAUUUGGUUGUCGGUGUUGCCCUUUUUGGUACACUAACCGGUCAACUAGUCUUUGGUUGGCUCGGCGACAAGUUAGGACGGAAAAAAGUUUAUGGUGUCACUUUAAUACUUAUGGUCCUUUGUGCCAUUUGCUCUGGCCUUUCUUUUGGCUUCAGUGCUAAAGCUGUGAUAGGCACACUUUGCUUCUUUAGGUUCUGGCUCGGAUUUGGCAUUGGGGGAGAUUAUCCGCUCUCGGCCACGAUCAUGUCUGAAUAUGCUAACAAAAAAACACGUGGGAGGUUCGUCGCCGCAGUAUUUGCCAUGCAAGGUGUUGGUAUCAUCUUUGCCGGGCUAGUGUCUAUGGUACUUUCUAGUAUCUUCCUUAGCAACUAUGAAGGACCAAACUUCCGAACGAAUCAUGUUCUUUCUACAGAACCAGAAGCAGAUUACGUGUGGCGAAUCGUGUUAAUGCUAGGAGCACUUCCAGCACUUUUGACUUAUUAUUGGAGGAUGAAGAUGCCUGAAACAGGACGUUACACAGCAAUUAUAGAAGGGAAUGCCAAAAAAGCCGCAAUUGACAUGGGUCGUGUUCUUGAUAUCGAAAUUCAAGAAGAUCAUGACAAGUUAUCACAGUUCAAAGCUUCCAACAACUACCCAUUAAUCUCAAGAGAGUUCUUUCAACGCCAUGGACUUCACCUAAUAGGUACCAUGAGUACAUGGUUCUUGUUAGACAUAGCUUUCUAUAGCCAAAACCUCACUCAAAAGGACAUAUUUCCAACUAUGGGCCUCACUAACAAAGAUGUUAAUGUGAGUGCUCUCAGAGAAAUGUUCGAGACAUCAAGAGCAAUGUUUGUGGUUGCCUUGCUUGGCACAUUCCCUGGCUAUUGGUUCACAGUCUAUUUCAUCGAAAGCAUGGGUCGAUUUUACAUUCAACUUGUCGGGUUCUUCAUGAUGUCCGUCUUCAUGCUUAUUAUGGGUAUCAAAUAUGAUUACCUCAAAAAUGAAGAGCACAAAUGGAUUUUUGCAGCUUUGUAUGGAUUGACAUUCUUCUUUGCAAAUUUUGGUCCAAACAGCACAACAUUUGUUCUUCCAGCUGAGCUUUUCCCUACUCGUUUGAGAUCCACGUGCCAUGCAUUGAGCGCCGCUUCUGGGAAGGCUGGCGCAAUGAUUGGGGCGAUGAAGAUGCCUGAAACAGGACGUUACACAGCAAUUAUAGAAGGGAAUGCCAGACAAGCCGCGAUUGACAUGGGUCGUGUUCUUGAUAUCGAAAUUCAAGAAGAUCAUGACAAGUUAUCACAGUUCAAAGCUUCCAACAACUACCCAUUAAUCUCAAGAGAGUUCUUUCAACGCCAUGGACUUCACCUAAUAGGUACCAUGAGUACAUGGUUCUUGUUAGACAUAGCUUUCUAUAGCCAAAACCUCACUCAAAAGGACAUAUUUCCAACUAUGGGCCUCACUAACAAAGAUGUUAAUGUGAGUGCUCUCAGAGAAAUGUUCGAGACAUCAAGAGCAAUGUUUGUGGUUGCCUUGCUUGGCACAUUCCCUGGCUAUUGGUUCACAGUCUAUUUCAUCGAAAGCAUGGGUCGAUUUUACAUUCAACUUGUCGGGUUCUUCAUGAUGUCCGUCUUCAUGCUUAUUAUGGGUAUCAAAUAUGAUUACCUCAAAAAUGAAGAGCACAAAUGGAUUUUUGCAGCUUUGUAUGGAUUGACAUUCUUCUUUGCAAAUUUUGGUCCAAACAGCACAACAUUUGUUCUUCCAGCUGAGCUUUUCCCUACUCGUUUGAGAUCCACGUGCCAUGCAUUGAGCGCCGCUUCUGGGAAGGCUGGCGCAAUGAUUGGGGCGUUUGCCGUGCAGAGCUACACAUUGGAUGGCAAUAUUAAAAAAAUCAAGCAUACGAUGAUAUUUUUGGCAUUCACAAACAUGCUAGGGUUUUGUUGUACGUUCUUAGUGACGGAGACAAAAGGGCGAUCAUUGGAGGAAAUUUCAGGCGAGGAUGAUGGUCAGAAUGAGACGCAGAUGACCAAUAAACAACAGGUGACUCGCCAAGAGGCCUCAUGGGAGGGAUAG